AUGCCGCCGCCCACGAGCGUGCGAGCCCAGGUCGAGCCGCCCGAACAGAUCACCAAUGAGGCGGUCAAAGGGUUUGCCACAGGUGCUCUCCGAUUUGGCUCCAUGUCUAUCCUCGCACAUUUGAUACUCGUGCUACCGCACCCAUUCACAUUCGACAAGGCCUCUCCACCCACCAACACCGACACCACAACAUCAACAUCGACAUCAGCGUCUAGCAAAAAAUCUCCCUUCUCAGCACAUGGUAUUCGCCAGCACGUGUUCUACCGGCCGCUCACGUCAUUGUCCGAGAGCUUGGCGCCCAUGUCCCGCGUCUACCGCGGGCUGACACCACAGUUUAAAGUGUUUUUGCACAUUGCGGUUAUGACUCUGGGCGGUAGUAUUUGGGCGGAAAAGCGGGCGGGCGAGUACAUGGAAAUGCUGAGGAAGAAGAGGAGGUUGGAGAGGAGAAUGGGGGAGUAA